GCAGUGGAAAGGAAUGCAAACAGUUGUGUCAGUUAGAGGCAGUCAGUUGGGAAGCUGGGUAGCCAAGAAGAAGAUGGCAAUAGUUGGACAGGGCCCCACUAUAAGGGAGACAUAACCUGGCCCUCUCACACAUUAGCUAAUAAAAAUAUUUCAGAGCAGGAAGGAAUAUGUCAUAUGAAACAACACAUGUACAAAAGAAGCGAGCAUCAGUGAAAUUGGCUGCUGUCCAUGCACAUCUGUCAGAAAGCUAGAGAAAUGGAAAGGCAGAAGGAUCCCGCACCAAGGCACAGUGCUAAAUGUUGAUGGAUACCUUCAAGGUUCUUGCUGUACUUCAUCGUAAAUCUUUCCAGAUUCUCUUCAAAAGGAUGCAGAAGAAACCUUUCAGCUGGGAAAUAAGUGCAAAGCCACUGAAGACGGGCCCAUCAAUUGGUGCAAAAUUAUGAUAACAAAGGCCGCAGUCCUAUUUACUAGGAAGUAAUUCCAACGGAAAAGAAUAGGAUUUGCCCUUAAGGGAUCAUAUCUAUAUCUUCAGUGCAAGGCAUCUACAAAUGCUUGAUUUAACCUUCAUUGCUAAAGCAAAUUUUGGAUGCUGGAUCUUUGAGAUUAAAGUGCCCUCUGCUGCCUGCAACCUCCUGUUCAGCAAAAAAGGACCCUUCUUUCUUUGAUCCUUGACAAAAGUUACUUGGAGAAAACAGCCAGACAGAAAUAUUUCUACAAAUACAGUUAAAUUGGAUUCUCCCAUUCCUUAAUAUAAAGAAUUCUGGAUGAGGAAUGCUCAUUAUAGCGAACCCCAUAUUUCUACCCAGUGUUUCAGACUCAAGGCUGCUGAGAGGAAGAGAAUGUGUCUCCUUAAAGGACCAAACUAGAAAAGAUAGCAGGGGAUCACAUUCACGAAACCAUCAUGCUGGUGACUCCAGUCCCUCUGACAGCAGAAGACUUCAAAAUCACUCUCACGGAAUUGCGGACAUUAAUGGAAUAUCGAAAAAAAGAAGCAGUGAAAAAAAUUAAGGAGCAAUAUGGUGACACUUGGGAAAUCUGUAGACGGCUGCACACAUCUCCUUCAAUAGGGAUAUCUGCUUCCCAAGCAGAAAUAGACGUUAGGAGAGCUGUAUUUGGGAUAAACUUUAUACCACCUAAGAAACCUCUAACAUUUCUACAAUUAGUAUGGGAAGCACUGCAAGACACAACACUGUGUAUUUUGGAAAUUGCAGCCGUCGUAUCCUUGGGACUUUCAUUUUAUAAUCCCCCAGGAGGAAGUUUUCGAAAAUGUCACUCAGAUGAAGUUGAAGAGGACUAUGAAGAAUGGGAGGCUGACUGGAUUGAAGGUGCUGCAAUACUAUUAUCAGUCAUGUGUGUUGUACUUGUUACAGCUUUCAAUGACUGGAGUAAAGAAAAACAAUUUAGAGGAUUGCAGAGUCGUAUUGAAAGUGAACAGAAGUAUUCUGUCAUCAGGAACGGGGAACUAACACAGGUAUUAGUAGCUGACUUAGUUGUGGGAGAUAUUGCUCAGAUCAAAUAUGGUGACCUUUUGCCAGCUGAUGGUUUGCUUCUCCAAGGGCAUGAUCUGAAAGUUGAUGAAAGCGCUCUCACAGGGGAAUCAGAUCAUGUCAAAAAGUCUCUGCUAAAGGACCCCAUGUUGCUUUCAGGCACCCAUGUAAUGGAAGGCUCUGGAAAAAUGGUUAUUACCGCUGUAGGUGUAAAUUCACAAACAGGAAUUAUCCUCACCUUACUUGGAGUUGGAAAUGAAAAAAAUGAAGACACCGUAACACCUAAAAAGACCCAGGGCCCUGAGAAAACCGGGGAUGAGAAAAAGCAUGAAACGGCAAAGAAAUCAACUGAGCACAAAAAGGAAAAAUCAGUUUUACAAGCAAAACUCACAAGAUUAGCCGUUCAAAUUGGCCAAGCAGGUCUGGCAAUGGCUAUAAUCACUGUUUUUGUCCUUAUGGCCUCUUUUUCUAUUCAAACAUUUUGGAUUGAUAAGCGUACCUGGACUGCUGAGUGCACACCAGUUUAUGUACAAUAUAUUGUAAAGUUCUUUAUUAUUGGUGUUACAAUCUUGGUUGUCGCAGUGCCAGAAGGCCUUCCACUUGCAGUCACCAUUUCACUUGCCUACUCCGUGAAGAAAAUGAUGAAAGAUAAUAACCUAGUGAGACAUCUGGAUGCGUGUGAAACUAUGGGUAAUGCAACAGCAAUCUGUUCAGAUAAAACAGGCACUUUAACCAUGAACAGGAUGACAGUAGUCCAGAUUUUCAUUGGCGGGACACACUACAAAAUAGUCCCUGCACCUGAAUUAAUUAAUCUAACCGUGCUGGAUUAUUUGCUUAAAGGUAUUUCUGUCAAUUGUGGUUAUACAUCCAAAAUACUCCCUCCUGAAAAGAAAGGAGGGCUACCUUGCCAAAUUGGCAAUAAAACAGAAUGUGCCUUACUUGGUUUGCUUCUAGAAUUAUAUCUGGACUAUGAGGCUGUAAGAACUCAGAUACCAGAAGAUAGUUUGUAUAAAGUCUAUACCUUCAAUUCUAGGCGGAAAUCUAUGAGCACUGUUUUGAAAAAUAAAAAUAAUAGUUUUACAAUGUUCACCAAGGGUGCUUCUGAAAUACUCCUUCAAAAAUGCAACCGAUUGUUGAAUGCUGUCGGAAAGCCUGCCCCCUUUUCAAAAAAAGAUAGGGAAAAUGUGAUUAAAAAUGUGAUUGCACCAAUGGCAUCUGAAGGACUCCGAACCAUAUGUCUAGCUUUCAAAGAUUUCCCAGUUGGCUAUGACCAAACAGAUUUCUCGGUAUGGGAUGAUGAGGAAGUUGUAAUCAGUGAUUUGACCUGUAUUGCAAUUGUAGGUAUUGAAGAUCCCGUUAGGCCAGAGGUUCCUGACGCAAUAAAGAAAUGUCAAAAUGCUGGCAUAGUUGUGCGCAUGGUCACAGGGGACAACAUUGACACAGCUCGUGCAAUAGCUGCCAAAUGUGGCAUUAUUCGACCUGGGGAGACAUUUGUAUGCUUAGAAGGGCCUGAGUUUAACAAACAAAUACGCGGUGCAGAUGGAAAGAUAAAACAAGAACUUAUUGACAAGAUUUGGCCUACACUUUGUGUGCUUGCAAGGUCCUCACCUACUGACAAAUACAACCUCGUAGCGGGGAUCAUUAACAGUAACACAGGACAGAGGCAAGUGGUAGCUGUGACUGGUGAUGGCACUAAUGAUGGGCCUGCGUUAAAAAAAGCCGAUGUUGGCUUUGCAAUGGGUAUUGCUGGAACAGAUGUAGCUAAAGAAGCAUCUGAUAUCAUUCUGACAGAUGACAACUUCUCAAGCAUUGUUAAAGCAGUUAUGUGGGGCAGAAAUGUAUAUGAUAGUAUUUCCAAAUUUCUUCAGUUUCAACUUACUGUCAAUGUGGUAGCAGUGAUUGUUUCUUUUAUAGGUGCGUUUGUCACCCACAAUUCUCCUCUGAAGGCUGUUCAGAUGCUGUGGGUCAAUCUCAUUAUGGACACAUUUGCUUCUCUUGCUUUAGCAACAGAACAGCCAACAGAGGACCUUCUGAAACGGAAGCCUUAUGGUAGAAAUAAGCCCCUCAUCUCCCGCACAAUGAUGAAAAAUAUCAUGCUCCAUGCCAUAUAUCAGCUUGUAAUUGUCUUUACACUUGUGUUUGCAGGGGAAAGAUUAUUUGAUAUUGAAAAUGGGCGAAUAUCACCAUUGGAGGCCCCACCUACUCAACAUUACACUAUAAUAUUUAAUACAUUUGUGAUGAUGCAGAUCUGUAAUGAAGUCAAUGCUCGAAAGAUUCAUGGAGAAAGGAAUGUAUUUUCAGGAAUAUUCACAAAUAUCAUUUUUUGUUGUGUUUUUGUAGGAACAUUAAUUGUACAGAUUCUCAUUGUUCAGUUCGGAGGGCUACCUUUUAGCUGUGCAGAGCUUACACUAGAUCAAUGGCUGUGGUCAGUCUUCUUUGGCAUUGGGACCUUACUGUGGGGACAGGUAAUCACAACUAUCCCAACCAAGUAUUUGCGGUGGUUGAAGGAGGUUGGUGAUGCCCCCCCAGAAACAGAAGAUUGUGAAUCAGAAGAAGGUUGUGACAAUGCCACAGAGAUUGACUAUGGGGAGCAGGAGCUGCGCCGCAGUCAAAUUUUGUGGUGCAGGAGCUUAAAGAGGAUACGGGUUCAGUGUAGAGUAGUGAGAGCAUUUAGGGCUUCUCUCUACUCAGAUGUGCAGUCAGUAGCUAACAUUAAACACUGUCUAGAGGAACAGGAAUUGAGGGCCUAAACUUUCCUUUUCUGUGUUAUUGAAUCUGCAUGUCAAAAGUAUUCAUAUAUUCAUUAAGAAGUAGAUGAGGUUUUGUUUUGUAGCAGUCAUUGACACACACCUUGAAACUACUUAACAAAGCAGGGAUAUUUUUUCUACAGAAUAUAGGUGGGGGACGGGGAGUUAGCAUGAGAAAUCAGUAAGAAAUCCAGUCAAAUUUUCUUCAUACAUCUGAGCCUUAUCUUUGCAGCCUUUAUAGAUCUUGAACAUUGAAUUGCUUAUUUUAAAGGGUUUUCAAAAAAAGUGAGUGAUAAAGCCAAAAGAUAUGUCCUGAAUGUUUUAAAUGUAUUCAUUUAAAAUGUGAUUUAUUAUAUAAAUAAUAAUAGUUAAACUGUAUAGUCUCUCUUUUUUUUUCUUUUGCUGCUGUUCAUAUUUAUGAUUGAUACAAAUUGGCUGAGCUGCCCUAGGGCUUUGAUUUCCUGUCUGGAAAUACGCCAUCUUCUCCAAGUAAUUUGAACCCUUUCUUUAAGCUGGGCUGUGAUUCCUAUGCAAAAGGGGUGGAUCUGGCUAAAAGAAGGAAUUGUUUAUUUGCCUGUUUUCAUAGUUGCUUAUAAAGAUUAUUCAACAAUAAAAAAAGUUUAAAACGCUU